AAUAGUUUAAAUGGGGAGUCAGUAUCACCAAAUAAUAGAUUGGGAUGUUCCCCAAACUCACCUGUAUCAAAACCAUCAUCAUUUGAUUUAAAUGGUAAAAAAACUACAAAAAGCAAUGUUGUAAAAUAUAUUUUAAGUAGAAAUGGGUCAAGUAAUAGUUUAAUGGGAAAGAAAAGAGGUAGUGGCAGUGAUGCUGAAGAUGAAGUUAGCAGUACACCAGAUUCACCAAAGCUAUUUCGUGAUAAAGAACAUAGCAGUAGUAUUGGUAGCAAUUCAAGUUUAGAUGGGUCAGUAGGAAGGGGAUCAUUAAGUGGUAGUUUAGGUAUCAAAAAGAAUGGAAGUAAUUUAUCAGUGAGUACAAAUAUAAAUAAUAAUGAUGGUGCUAAUGUUAUCGACAGAUCGCUUUGGACAGUAAAGUCUUUAAAAGAGCAUCCACAAAUUUUAGAUAUAAUGGAAAGAGUUAAACCAGUAAAUAGAGCAGUUUCAUUUGGUCAAAUCUAUGCUUCUGAAGAGACCCAGUUCGAAUUUGAUCCAUUGAUUGGCAAAGAAAAUAUUUUACAACUAAUUCUUCAACAUUUGCAAUUCGAAGGCUUAUUGAACUCUAAAAAAGUUAUGGAAGAAGAGGCUAGAAUUAAUUAUCCAGAGUAUGCAAUCAAUGAAAGUAGACUAGUAACUCUACUUAGGGCUGCAUUAAAAGAUUCCGAUAAAGUAUUUGAGUUAGCUAUGGAUAAUAAAUUGGAAAAAGAAGCUUCAAUGCAACAAUUGGAAGAGCAUUUAACAUUUUUAGGUUUAUUUAAGGAUGAAUCACAAAAUACAAAUGUACAAGAUAUAAAUAUUUAUGAUGAACCAGAAACAAAUAUUAUUUAUUUUGAAGAAAAAGAUAAGGAUAGUUCCAAUAAUACUAAUAAUAGCAAAGAGUCACCAACAUUAAAUGGAUCAGGAUUGUCACAAAGCUCUAUUGGGCUAUCAUCUUCAAUGUCGCAACAACAAAUUCAACAAUUACAAUCUCAUAAUUCAUCUCAACAAGCACCAUCCACUCCACCACCAAGCAAAUCAUCGUCAUCAUCAUCGUCAACAGCAGCUUCAACUGGACCACAGGUUAAAGCAGCUUCAUUAAAUAUAUUAGUUACUCUAUUGACACCAGAAAACAAUCAUGAUUUAGAAUAUACCAAAACUUUUCUUCUUACAUAUCAAUCAUUUACCACCCCAGAAAUGUUAUUGCAAAAAUUAAUUCAACGUUAUCACGUUCCACAAAAACCAGGCCAAUCUGUCGAAGCAUGGAGACAAAGAUCAACUCAUAUUCAGCUUCGUGUAGUUAAUGUGCUCAAAACAUGGAUCAAAGAUUACUUUUCAGAUUUUAGUGAAAAACUUGUCCAGGCCAUUAAAACCCUCUUGGAGAGUAUGAGACAUUCUGGUAAUACACCUUAUGCUAAAGUUAUUUCCGAUGCAUUAAACUCUGGUCUUAAAAAGAGUGGUCGUAACAAUACAGUAUUCACAGUAUCAGCACCCGAACCCAAAGUACCAAAGAACAUUUGGUCACAUCAAUUAGAUAUCUUUUCAGUGGAUGAAGAGGAAAUCUCUAGACAGUUGACAUUGAUGGACUUUGAAAUCUUUUCAAAUAUUAAAGCCACUGAACUUUUAAAUCAAUCAUGGAACAAACCUAAAUUACGUCAUCGUUCACCAAAUGUAUUAUCAUUAAUCGCAAGAUUUAAUGAAAUAUCAGAAUGGACAGCUUCAUCCAUUUUAUCAUACGAAAGGGUUAAAGAUAGAGCAAGAAUCAUGGCAAAAUUUAUAAAGAUUGCAGAAUAUUGUAUGAAAUCACUCAAUAAUUUUAACACAUCCAUGGCCAUUCUCUCUGGUUUGAAUGCAUCCUCAAUUCACAGAUUAAAAUUCACCAAAGAAGAAAUGCCAAAACAUACCAUGCAAGUUUAUCAAGAUUUACAACAACAACUUUCCAGUGCCCAAGCCUAUAAAGAAUAUCGUGCCCUUUUAGCUAAAUCAAAUCCACCUUGUUUACCAUAUCUUGGCGUUUAUUUAACUGAUUUAACUUUCUUUGAGGAUGGUAAUCCAGAUUUUAUUCAAGGUUUCAUUAAUUUUGGUAAAAGAAAGCUUAUUUAUGGUUCAAUUUCAAAUGUUCAAAGUUUCCAAAAUACAAAAUACAAUUUACAACCAGUUUAUCAAAUAGCUAAAUUAUUAACAGGUUUCAAAUUAUUAAACGAAAAUGAACUUUAUUCAAGAUCGAUGACCUAUGAACCAAGAAAUAAAGAACGUAGUGAAAUUUUAUAA